AUGGGAUCAGUUUGUGCAAAGAAAAAAGAAGCAAGAAUUAAUUAAGUCAUCCAUGACCAAUCUGCCUCGCCCUAUAUGCCUGAUCAACAAACUUCUUUGUUACUCAGAGACAAAAAGACACAGCCUCAAACUUUAGUUUAGGUCAAGAUCCCUAAGAAAAACAAAAAAGUCAGAGAAACUGUCAAGGCAGUCACACUGAAAAACAAUGAAGGACAAAAGAUGUUGAAUGAUUACGUUUUCGAUGAAUUUUUGGGUCAAGGUGCUUUCGGCAAAGUCAAACUGGCACACAAGUAAGGAGAUCCCUCCAAAAGAUAUGCUAUCAAAAUACUUAAAAAGAGCAAGCUAAAACGACAAAGGGAAUUUGUUAAGGAUGCUAAUGGAAAUCUCGUCGUUAAAGAUGCUUUGCAAGACGUCAGAAAAGAAAUUGCUAUCAUGAAGAAAAUCAGACACAAGAACCUCAUUUAACUUUAUGAAGUUAUUGACAAUCCGACUUGUGACAAACUGUUCAUGGUUCUUGAAUUCGCAGAAGGAGGUCAACUGAUUGAAUGGGAUGAGGAUGAGGGCAAAUUUUAUAAAUUGAAUGAAGAUGAAGAAUUAACAGAAGACGUACUUUCUUCACUUUUUCGAGAUUGCAUUAAAGGCUUAGCAUUCCUCCAUAAAAAUAAAAUAGUACACAGAGAUCUCAAACCUCAAAAUGUUUUGAUGUCAGGCAAAACUGCCAAAAUUGCUGAUUUCGGAGUCUCAUAAGUUGUGGGUUCCAAAAAUGAUGUACUCGAGAAUACACAAGGAACUUAUUAUUUCAUGCCUCCUGAAGCCUGCGAUAAAGAAACAGCCAAAGAUGGAUAUUCUGGCAGGGCUGCCGAUAUUUGGGCACUUGGUAUCACCUUCUUCGCUUUCACCUACUUAAAUGUCCCAUUUACUGGAAACAACAUUCCUGACAUACUCAAGAACAUAUCAUAAAAUGAAGUGGUUUUUCCUGAAGAUUCUGCCAUCAGUGAUGGACUUAAAGAAUUUCUUAGAUUCAUAUUGAAUAAAGAUCCAAAAUAAAGACCAACCGUCAAUGAAAUUGCCAAGCAUCCUUGGGUUAAUUAAAGUUCUGCCAACCUAUUAGAUGAAAUGGUUCAAGAAGAAAAGGUCAUGGAAGUCUCAUAAGUUGACAUAGAUAAUGCAUUUUCCUUAGUUUCAUUGAUGAAAAUUAAAAGUUGGGCUUAAAAAUGGAGAACUGAAUCUAAUCUAAAAAAAUCUGGACCAUAAAAUGGUGUUGAUGAAAUAGAGAUUAAAUGAAUUCUAUAAUACAUUCAAUUUUAACUUAAUUUUGAUUCAAA